AUUUGUCGAUAAACAUGUCGAAUUCGUGGAUUUUAAAAAGGUGGUAGGAGUAAUAAUGCAACCAUUUAAAUAGAACUGGUUCUAUAUAUUUCACUCAGAGAUAUUUUUAAGUGUGCGACAUUCAAAGAAAAAGUAAGAAUUCGAGAGAGAAAAAAAAGAAAAGAAAAGAAUUCGACCAUGAAGAUGAAGACCACUAUUAUGCAUUUUCUGUUUAUCGUUGCAACAACAACAGCAUCGAAUCUACCGAGCAGCUUCAAAAUUUGUAAUAGAUUUGAUCCCCAAUAUUCCGAAUGUUUGAGCAAUUCUAUUACCGACGCUAUUGUCUCUAUGGCCGACGGUUUGAAAAGUUUCAACGUACCAACGUUCGAACCAUUGAAAAUCGACAACAUAACAAUCAGUAGAUCAGAAAGUUCACUACAGCAAGAAUAUAAAAAUAUUCAAAUUCAUGGAAUGACCAAAGGUCUAAAGAUAAACAACGUUCAAUUAAAUUGGAAAACUUUAACAAUCGACAUGGACAGUUAUAAUCCUGUAUUGACUUUAUUUGGAGAUUACAAGCUCAACGGAAAGAUUACAAUAAUACAAGUAAAUGGUUCUGGAAAAUCUAAUAUAACUGUGCCCCACAUGGAAAUGCAUCAUUCGAUACAAUUCGAGGAAUUCGUUCAAGAAGAUAAUGAGAUUUAUUUUAGAGUGACACAAUACAAUAUCAAACUGCAUCCAAAGAAGAUUAUUUACGAAUUCGAUAAUCUUUUCAAUGGUGACUCAAUCCUUGGAAAACAAGUCAAUAAGUUCAUGAACGAAAAUUCUCUGCUGGUCUUCGAUGAAUUUCAAAUACCUUUGGAGAAAAUCUGUGGUGCAAUGUUAAAAAACACCUGUAAUAAUAUUUUCAUGCAUUUACCAAAAAGAAUCGUAUUUCCAUAGGA